AAACUCACAAAAUAGUAAAUAAACGUUCUUUAAAUAAAAAUGAGAGGAGUAACGCGCUUACUGCAAGUCACCCGGACAUUUAGCGCGAAUGUAAGUAAGACUGCUGCAUCAUCGACACCAGCUGAUCCCUUGAGGAAUGUUGUAGGUUUGACAGGUUCUUGUGUCAAAACAAAUGAAGCAAAAAACGUUCCUGGGGCUGGUCAGGAUUAUAAAGUUCCAGAAUAUUUCGGAUAUAAUCGAAUGACUUACCACGAAGCUGAAUGUGAAAUGGAAAAAUUUAGAGUACCACAACCCGUUGCACCCAGAAACUUCAUAAUGGUGAAAAAGCUUUUGUGUUUUGUUUUAGUCGCCGUUUAUAUAAAUUCAGCUGAUUCUUGUCGUUCGCAAUCAGUUCCAGAUAAAAGUCCAACGAUACCGAUGGAAGAAAAACUUUCUCUCUCGACUCAUAUUUUAGACACCACGAGAGGUAAACCUGCGACAAAUGUGAAAAUUAAGUUAUAUAAGCUUAUCGGGGGAGAAUGGAUUGAUUCAAAAUUUAAUGGAGUGACUGAUGAAGACGGGAGAAUUAGAGAUUUUCCUAAUGUCGAUGACAAAGUUGGCGGAAUUUACAAGCUGCAUUUUGAAGUGAUUAAUUAUUUCCAAAGAUUAGGCGUUGAGACGCUUUACCCAUUUGUUGAGAUUCCAUUCACUAUUUCGUCUUCUGAUCAUUAUCACAUUCCAUUACUUCUCAACCCAUUUGGUUAUUCAACUUAUCGUGGAUCUUGAGUUACAGCAAUUAAUUUUUUUUAUUUGCCUCAAUGAUAAGAUUGUUUGUUGAGAGUGAAAAAUAAACGAUUUGAAGAUGAAAUAAGUUGUUGGUGUUUUUUCUUUCAUUCUUAAACUACUGUGCUACCUUUGUUAUCUUUCUGAUGACUUCGUAUUGAACUUUGGUUGGUUUUUAAACGUUCAUCCCAAAUUCUUGCCACUUGACUCACGUAACCAGAUUUAAUAGCAGAAUCUUCUUGUUCUUGAUUUUCAAGUUCCUCAUCGUGAUGAACUGGGCAAGUACAACUGCUUUGCAUUUGAUUUUGUUGUUGCUGAGAGUAAUCACGAAUCACAAAUUUGCCUUGAUCAACCUUCGGGCCUUGAUAAUAAGUUUGCCUUCGAUAAUUAUUAAAUUCUUCGUAAAAUGGAUCUUGAUGAUGUUGUGCGGGGUCAUGAUAACGUGUGUAAGGUCGACUUAGAAUUUUCUUGUAAGGUUCUGUCUCAAAAUGAUUUAUAACAGGUGGUUGUUUAACCUUUGAGAAGACUGGCAUUUGUGCAGUUGGAAGAAUUUGCGACUCUACGACGUCUUCUGUGUAUGUUGAUGUAGGAUAAUGCAUCGACUGGGGUUGAGAGUUGAAACCAUGCUCUUGUUUCUCUUUGUUAUUCAUAAAGGGAUUUGAAGAAUGCAUGCUUAAUGCAUCUCUUGCUGAUCUCAUUGAAUCUCGAUUCUUUCCAUCAUUUCCAUCCGAAUCCAUUAGAUGUGCUUGACUGCUCAACGUUGUCAUUGAUUGACUUUUAUUAUGUCUAUCAAUAGAACUCGAAUCGGUUUGUGUCGCAUCUGACCGUCGUUUACCCAUUUUUUCACUCAUAUCGACAAGAAACAGGGCAGCCACAAAGAACGAUAAGCAUCCAAGCACAAUUGCAUUGUCGAUGAGUUCACUUGGAACUUGAUCGAUGGAAGCAAACACUAAACCACCUA